AUGGUCGCCAGGUUGGUAGCUCUUUGCAAACCCCCUGCCUCUCGUUCUACCAUCUAUUCACACAUAGUCACCAGGUUGGUAGCCCUUUGCAAACCCCACUGCCUCUCGAUCUGCCAUUUAUUCACAUGGUCGCCAGGUUGGCAGCCCUUGCAAACCCCUGCCACUCGAUCUACCAUCUAUUCACACAUAGUCGCCAGGUUGGUAACCCUUUUCAAACCCCUGCCUCGAUAUACCAUCUAUUCACACAUAGUCACCAGGUUGGUAGCUCCUUGUAAACCCCCUGCCUCUGGUUCUACCAUCUAUUUACACAUAGUCACCAGGUUGGUAAUCUUUUGCAAACCCCCUGCCUCUCGAUCUGCCAUCUAUUCACACAUGGUCGCCAGGUUGGUAGCCCUUUGCAAACCCCCUGCCUCUCGAUCUGCCAUCUAUUCACACAUGGUCGCCAGGUUGGCAGCCCUUUGCAAACCCCCUGCCUCUCGAUCUGCCAUCUAUUCACACAUAGUCACCAGGUUGGUAGCCUUUGCAAACCCCCUGCCUCUCGAUCUGCCAUCUACUCACACAUGGUGA